CAAGGCCCAGGCAGGGCAUGGUGGCGCCGACGGUCUUGUAAGAGCGAAGUUACCGCGGGGCCCGCCAUGCGCCGGCGGCCCUGACAUGGGCGCCAGCGGCUCCAAAGCUCGGGGCCUGUGGCCCUUCACCUCGGCGGCGGGGGGCGGUGGCCCAGAGGCGGCGGUCGCUGAGCAAGCUUUGGUGCGACCGCGAGGCCGAGUCGUGCCCCCCUUCGUAUUCACGCGCCGCGGCUCCAUGUUCUAUGACGAGGAUGGGGAUCUGGCUCACGAAUUCUAUGAGGAGACAAUCGUCACCAAGAACGGGCAGAAGCGGGCCAAGCUGAGGCGGGUGCAUAAGAACCUGAUUCCUCAGGGCACCGUGAAGCUGGAUCCCCCCCGCAUCCACGUGGAUUUCCCUGUGAUCCUCUAUGAGGUGUGAGCCUGGGGGGUGGCAGGCAUAAACACCCCCUGCCCCAGCAAGACACCCCCAGGCUCAAGGUGUGGCUUCCAUUGAGGAACCUAGGCUGGGGCCACAACAGUGAAUAAACUCCACUGGCCUGGAACCUUCA